AUGUACUCAGAAAUGAGGGAAGAGGCUCGUGAUCAUGCACGCCUAUGUAAUGCAUAUUUUGAACAGGCCCGCCAGGGAUACUUAAUUGGCAACAAGGCUUUAGCGAAAGAGUUGAUUGUCAAAGGGCAGUUGCACAAUAUGCAGAUGAAAGCAGCUCAUGGGAGGAAGGCUCAGGAAUCUAUUUAUCGUCAGAGGAAUCUGGAGAUGCAGGCCAACGGGAGAGAGAAGGUGAUUGACCUGCAAUGGCUACAUCUAAGCGAAGCUAUUCAAGUCCUCAAGCAUGAGCUUGCCGUAAUGAAGAAUGAUGCCAGGUCAACAGACCAGCGAUUGCUGCUUUACAUAUGUGGUCACCACACGAGCGGAAUGCAGGCCAACGGGAGAGAGAAGGUGAUCGACCUGCAAUGGCUACAUUUAAUCGAAGCUAUUCAAGUCCUCAAGCAUGAGCUUGCCGUAAUGAAGAAUGAUGCCAGGUCAACAGACCAGCGAUUGCUGCUUUACAUAUGUGGUCACCACACGAGAGGUUCACAUAUUCCCUUUAGGCUUCCUGCUGCUGUUCAGCACUACCUACUAGAGGAGGAAGGCCUCGACUACACUGAGCCACAACCCGGGCGCCUAUAA